GGAGUGGAAACUAAACUCCAAGAGAGGCACCUUCAAAAACCCUCCUUGAUGAGUAUCAAAGAAGCUAAAUAAAGAAAGAAAAGGCACAGAAAGAAGCCGAAAAAAUAUAUGAAAUUCGUAUAGAUUUGAUGUUGGAAUGAAUCACAAAACAAUUUUUGGGUUUUGUUGAUUUGGUCAGAAAGAUUUAGAGACAGCAUGGCAAUGCCGUGGGGGAUGACUCUGUGGAUGGCAAAGAUCGUGUGGGUGGUACUGAGUGGGUGGGUCUCAUCGUGCUUGACUGUAGCCGAUGACAUUGCUAGCUCUCUCCGGACUGGUGAUAUUGGUCCUUUCCAUGUUGGCUGAGUCAAUUUCACAAUCAGUGCAGCGAGCCCUCUGCAUGAUCAGCGUGCGAAACACAACAUGGAGUAAGCUCUACAUGGGACCUGGAAAUCCAGAGCCAUCUCUAAUUCUAGUUUGGAUCAGCAAAUGGGCUCUUGAACUGCUGGUUCAUAUUAUAUCAAUGUCAUAAGAAAACAGCCUGGUUGUCUUUAAAGCUUGGUUUUCUUUCAGUUGAUUGAGCAAUGGGAGUGACGCUGUUGACAGAAUUGUAUAGCAAAGAUGUAUUAUACUGUUAUUGAUGUACUCAAAUUUGGUGGCUACGAAAUCUACUUGAUCUUGUUUCGGUUUUCAUCCUGCUUACUACUCCAGCAAUUUCCAGUCACUCCGUCCUCUAAAGCCUAAUUGAAGUUGGAAGUUUUUAGAAGGCUUUGCCCAUUACAAAUGGAAUGUACAAUUAGCCUAGUUUAGUGCAAUGGAAUGCCGUUUUUUUCCUCUGGAGUUUGAUAAAACGAUCAAAUAUAAGGCUAUACAUUGGCAUGACCAA